CCUUAAUGUCGAAAUUUAAAAGCUUGGACAGGAGAGGAUCACCGAGAUAUGAAGAGGAAAGAAGAGUUUGAUAUGUCCUCCCUCUCCAACCACAAACCCUCGUGGCCGCAGCUGUUUCUGUUUCUAUUCUCACGUCACGCGCAGGCUGCGGGCAAGCAAUGGCAGGUGGGCCCUGUCGCGCUGGCCGAUCCAGCGCUGACUCAGCCCCCGCACCGCAUACAUGAGAGAUGAGAAGCCGCCACCCGCCGCUGCGGCUGCGGCGCCCGCGCCACCACGAGUGACCCAUCGUGCUCGGAUCGUACGGCCUCAACCGCAAAAUCCAGUAUUUAAGCGCUGCGGAACACUCGUCGAGAGGAGAGGACAGAGCAGAGGACCACCACCGGACCGGGCUGGAGCUGGAGGCGUGGCGGCGCCGGCGCGUCCAUCAGGAGGAGAAGGGGCAGGGAUGGUGCUGGGCGGCGGCAUGGCGGCAGCGGCCGUAGGCGGGGACGACGCCGUCGUCAUGCAGCUGGGCGGCGCCGAGGGCGAGGAGACCGUCGUCACCGUCAACUGCCCCGACCAGACAGGCCUGGGCUGCGACCUCUGCCGCACCAUCCUCGAGUUCGGCCUCCGCAUCACCCGCGCCGCAGACGUGUCCACGGACGGCCACUGGUGCUUCGUGGUGUUCUGGGUCGUGCCCCGCUCCUCGUCCAUCAAGGUCCGGUGGGCGAGCCUCAAGAACCGGCUCAUGUCCAUGUGCCCUUCCUCCUACUCCAUCCCCUUCUUCUACCGGGACGUGAGCCAGCCAGAGCCAGGCCCCUUGCAGUUCUACCUCCUCAAGCUCAUGUCGCCGGACCGCAAAGGAUUGCUGCAUGAUGUGACGCACAUACUAUCGGAUCUGGAGCUCAUAAUCCACAGGGUGAAGGUGUCGACCACACCGGACGGAAGAGUUGUGGACCUCUUCUUUAUCACUGAUGGCAUGGAACUGCUGCACAGAAAGGAGAGGCAAGAGGAGACCUGCUCGGCGCUAACUGCAACCCUGGGCCCUUCCAUCAGCUGCGAGGUCGUACCAGCAGAAGGGUUCCAGCAGGGGUUCUCUUCCCUCCCGCCGGAGAUCGCCGAGGAACUGUUCAGGGCGGAGCUAGCUGACACUGACAGCGAGGUGUGCUCGAGCCCGCUCAGCGCGGAGCUGAGGAAGGUCCGGACGACGGCCACUGUCAACUUCGACAACUCCCUGAGCCCCGCGCACACGCUGGUUCAGAUCGUCUGCGCUGACCAGAAGGGGCUCAUUUACGAUAUCUUGAGGACGAUGAAGGACUGCAACAUCCAGAUAUUUUAUGGCCGGUUCAGAUCAGACAAGAAAGGGUCAGCCAGCAAAGGUUCAUCAGGUUGCCGUGAGGUGGAUCUUUUCGUGAAGCAAGUAGACGGGAAGAAGGUGACUGAUCCUGCGAAACAGGACGCGCUGCGGUCACGCCUGAGGUCCGAGACGCUCCAUCCGCUCAGGGUCAUGGUCGUCGGCCGUGGACCCGACACGGAGCUCCUCGUCGCCAACCCGGUCGAGGCCUCCGGGAAGGGACGGCCGCGCGUGUUCUACGACGCCACUCUUGCUCUGAAGGCGCUUGGGAUCUGCAUCUUCUCUGUAAGAACUGCUUCUUUUGUUUGUUCCAUUUCAGGCUUAGUAUUUCACUCCAUUGGGUCUUCUUCUUUUGCUCCGUUUCAGGCUGAGAUCGGGAGGCAAGCGGCGUCCGAGCGCCACUGGGAGGUGUACAGGUUCCUCCUGGAUGACAGCAAGGAGUUCCCCUUGGCAAGCAGCCUCGCUAACAGGAACUGUGUCGUCGAUAGGGCGAGGAAGACGCUGAUGGGAUGCUACAACUGAGACUUGGGUGGGUGUCGAUCUGUAUCUGUCUGCAAGAAUCCAACGAAGCAGUGCAAGUGCAAUGCAAGGCUUCCCCCAUCCACAGAUGCAUUUGCAUGCUAUGCUGCUUCCUGGAGUUGUGCACGGGGAUGGUUUGAAACCAGAGUUGUGGACAGCACAGACUGGAAUGAAUGAACAUCUUGCUGCCAUGGAUCCAUUGUCUACGGAAAAAGGAGCAUGCUUGGUGUGGAGGUGCGAUGCAAUGGCGGGAGCUUUUUUUUUUUGAUAAUGGAAGAAACAUGUUCCAGCCUUUUGCAUCAUAUCAAGGAUGCAUAUGGCUUCAUAGCAUAUUCAACCUGACAAAAGCAGCAACAAGUAGCAAUGAAGCACAUGGUUCUCAUGAACAAUAAUAAGAAACUAAGAGGCCUCAAUCCUAGCAUUGCAUCGCCAUCCAUGUAUUGUAAAAAUGUUCAUUGCCACCACUUCCAAUGCGUGACAAAUAUCUUUGAUAUCUUGGUGUA